GCUUUGCUUGACGCAAGCACAGCACAUACUACAUGUUCAUGGAAACGGCUAUAUUGUCCCGUUUUUUUCUGAAUAAAGUGUAGGACCCAGAGAAUUGCAUACAGGCAAGAUGCCCCUUACUUUCUGGGCAAGUCGCCAAACCCAGCGCCCGAUUUGGCAGCUAAAAGAAAGGCGAGCGGGGACAGUGGGGGGUGGGAUGUGGAUGGCUUGGCUGCAGCCUUGCUGUUCAGCACCGCCAAACGCACAACCACAGAGCCGCAACUCGAUCGGCUCUCGGCCAGCAGGACGAGGCGAGCCAGGGCGCCGGCCCUUGCUCCCUUGCUGUUUCCUGGCUGCCCAGUCUGUGUCCGCCCCCCUUGGUCCGCUGCCAUUGCGCCUCCCCCCUCGCCGUCCUCGGCCAAGAAAAAAACGCUCGCCAUUUAAGGCCCCCUCCCUGGGCAGAGCCCUCAUCUCUGCCUGCAUCCGCACCUCCGUCUCGCCCCAGAACCCUGCCUCAAGCCUGCCCAUCGCCAUGUCGGACCACCCCGAUCGCGCCAAUCCCUUCAGCAUCGUCCUCGGCACCCGCGAGUCGCAGCUGGCCAUGUGGCAGACCAAGCAUGUCCUGGGCCUGCUCCAGCAGCACCAUCCCGAGACCGACUUCACCAUCAAGGGCAUGACCACCACCGGCGACCAGAUCCUGAACGUCGCCCUCAACAAGGUCGGCACCAAGGCGCUCUUCACCAAGGAGCUCGAGGUCGCUCUGGAGCUCGGCGAGGUCGAUCUGAUCGUCCACUCGCUCAAGGACGUCCCAACCACCCUGCCCGAGGGCAUGGUCCUCGGUGCGACUGUAGAGCGUGAAGAUCCUCGCGACGUCGUCAUUAUGGCUCCAAAGUGGGUCGAGCAGGGUAUUCUGCGUCUCGAGGAUCUGCCCAAGGGCAGUGUGCUCGGCACCAGCUCUGUCCGAAGAACGGCCCAACUCAAGCGACGUUUCCCCGGCCUGCUCUUCCACGACAUUCGCGGCAACCUGAACACUCGGUUCGCCAAGCUCGACGCCCCCGACUCUCCCUACGACGCCAUCCUGCUGGCCUAUGCCGGUGUCCACCGACUGGAAUGGGACCAUCGCAUCUCCCAGAUCCUCGAGCCCGAACAGAUGCAGCAUGCCGUCGGCCAGGGCGCCAUCGGCAUCGAGAUUCGCGAGGGCGACGCCAAGAUCCAGACCUACCUCGAGUGCCUCAACCAUAAGCCCACACAGCUCCGCACCUUCUGCGAGCGGGCCUUCAUGCGUCGUCUGGAAGGUGGCUGCUCCGUCCCUCUCGGUGUCUGGACCGAGCUGCGUCCCAAGGAGCAGGGCUCAGCCGUCCAGGUGCUCAAGUUUGUGGGCUCGGUCUGUGCCUUGGACGGCUCGGAUGAGAUCGUGAGCGAGCUGGAAGUCGAGCUCGGAGGCGAGGACCAUCAACACCACCUGGAGCUCGCCCAGGGUCUUGGUCUGCAGCUUGCCGACUCGUUGAUUGAGAAGGGCGCCAGAGUCAUCCUCGACAGCAUCAAGGUUCACAACAAGUGAGCAACUCCUCCCCAAGAACAUCCUCAACAGACUGCCUGGGUGCAGCGAUUCCCCUCUUUCCCUUCUUGCGUUUCCUUCUCGCUUAUUCCCUCCACUUGAACUUGCUUCGAUGUUAAUUUGUGAGAUAAUCUCACGAGAUGUAGUUUUCCCUCUCCCUUACAGUCAAUCCAAUAACAAACGGGCCACCCUGGUUUUUGGUCGUUGACCGAAUGUUUUGCUACCCAACUCCAUCGCGCCCUCAUCCAUAUUUAGUGUGUCCAAGAGCACCAUUCGCCGCUGGCACUCCGAGACCAGUGUGCAUGUUGAUUGUGGAGACCGGAGAGCGGCCCAAUGACUUCAUUCGGAAGUAAUCUGUUGAAUUGCAUGUGGCUCCAUUGGAU